GCACAUGAGUCCAACAAAUUGGAAAAGCAACAAACAGAAAAAAGUGUUGUUCUUGCCUCUAUUAAAGAACUCUAGAGGGAAGACACCGCCAUUAAAAGGAAGCUAGCAGCCUGACUUAGCUCUAUAUAUCUCUACUACUAUACUAACCUUUGUGGACGUGGAUCUCUUCUAGGCUGGGAAAGUUGGUACCAUGUCCAGUCUUGAAGAAAGGAGAGCGAAAGCUCUUGAGGAAUAUAGGAAGAAACUUAUUGAACACCGAGAGUUGGAUGCCAAACUUAAAAAGAUGAGAGAAGACCUGAAGGAGUUUAGCAAGGACUUUGAGAAGAGUGAGGAUGACCUCAAGUCUCUGCAGAGUGGAGUAGGGCAGAUAGUUGGGGAAGUAUUACGUCAGCUCACAGAGGACAAGUUCAUUGUGAAGGCAUCCAAUGGUCCACGUUAUGUGGUUGGCUGCAGGAGAAUGAUAGACAAGAGCAAACUGAAACAGGGCUCACGAGUGGCACUGGACAUGACCACUUUGACAAUUAUGAGACAGCUGCCUCGAGAAGUGGACCCACUGGUGUUCAACAUGUCCAUGGAGGAUCCAGGGGACGUCUCAUAUUCUUCUGUGGGGGGUCUGCCCGAACAGAUUAGAGAACUUAGAGAGGUUAUCGAGCUCCCUCUGCUCAACCCUGAGUUGUUUGGACGUGUGGGGAUCACUCCCCCUAAGGGCUGUCUCCUGUAUGGGGCUCCUGGGACUGGGAAAACUCUCCUGGCUAGGGCAGUCUCAAAACAGUUGGAUGCUAACUUUCUCAAAGUGGUGUCCAGUGCUAUUGUGGACAAGUACAUAGGGGAGAGUGCCAGGCUCAUCAGAGAGAUGUUCGCCUACGCCAAGGACCACCAACCUUGUAUCAUUUUCAUGGAUGAGAUUGAUGCUAUUGGUGGGCGGAGAUUCUCAGAGGGUACAUCAGCCGAUCGGGAGAUUCAGCGCACAUUAAUGGAACUACUCAACCAGAUGGAUGGAUUUGACAAGCUAGGACAGGUUAAAAUGAUCAUGGCCACUAAUCGCCCAGAUGUUCUAGACCCUGCCCUAUUGAGGCCAGGCAGGCUUGACAGAAAGAUUGAGAUUCCACUUCCCAAUGAGCAAGCCAGGCUAGACAUUCUCAAGAUUCAUGCUGCACCAAUCACCAAACAUGGCGACAUUGAUUACGAAGCUGUUGUGAAACUGUCAGAGGAUUUCAAUGGAGCGGACCUCAGAAAUGUCUGCACUGAAGCAGGAAUGUUUGCUAUCCGUGCGGAGAGAGAGUAUGUCAUCAGUGAAGACUUCAUGAAGGCAGUUCGCAAGGUUGGCGAUACCAAGAAGCUGGAGUCCAAAUUAGAUUACAAACAAAUCUAGGACACAAUUGCCGUGUUGGUUAAUUAGGUAUAAUUAUGUAACGCGGCACUGUGAAGAAUUAAAUCAUGAAUAAUUAUGCAAACAUUUAA